AUGAGCUUCAUCCCAAACGUAUAUUUUCAAUAUGGAGGUUCCUAUUCACGAGGCGAGGAGGGGCUGCAAUGGGUAACAAGAAAUCCUUCACACGCCAUAUCAUUUAAGACAUCAUCUGUGGCCGAGAUAACAUACUUGGAUUUAGUGGAUAAGAUAUUGAAGAAGAUCGCGGUUGUUGGAGCUAACCCGCAGCUGCAACUGAGUUACAUUCCAUUGGUAAAUAAACAUGUGAUAGAGUCAUAUAUCUUCGAUGAAUAUGACUUAUAUGCUUAUCUGACGUCAUUGGAUAAAGAGGGAUUUAGGUCUGUGUUGCAUGUGGAGGUAAAGAAGAGUGAGCAUACUUCCAGAACAGAGGCAGUAAGUUCAUAUGAUUUGAAUUAUGAAGACCCGGUUUGUAAUGAUGGUGAUUUGCCGAAUUCUGGUAUGCUUACAAUUUAUAGAGCGCGUGGAGAAGGAGAAGAACAACAUAGGGCGCCGAUCAUUGAAGAGGUGCUCUCUGAUGAUGUCGAGAAGGUGGUCUCUGAUGAUGUCGAGAAGGUGGUAUCUGAUGGUAACGAAAAUGGUGAAAAUGUAGUGUGUGGUGAAUCUAAUGGCUUGGAUAACCAUGCUGAAUUUUAUGACCUGCCACGCUCUGCAGAAGAAAGACAGUACGUAGAAGAAUGGGAUGAUGGCACGGGUCUUGAAAUAGGUCAGGAGUUUUGUUCUAGGGAGGCAUUGCAAGAUUUGGUCGACCGAGAUUCCAAUAAGAACUGUUUUGGGUUCCAUACUUAUAAGUCGGAUCCAGGCCGACUUAUUCUAGAAUGUCGUCAAAAGACUAUAGGGUGUAAGUGGUAUUUACGAGCUACAAACUGUAAGGGAACAAGUUUAUUCACUGUCAGAGUGUACAGGAAGAUGCAUACAUGCUCUCGGGAUGCGCAGAGUAGCAGCACUAAUAGAAGGAGAGGUACCCCACGAUUAGUAGCGUCUGUUCUUCAUGAAGACUAUCCUGGUCAAUUCGACACCCCAGCUCCGAAAAAUAUUGUUGGUCUCGUUCAACGCAGAGUUGGUUUGAGUGUGUCCUACUCCACGGCCUUGAGAGGAAAACGCUUGGCUGUUAAUGAUGUGCGAGGCACUCCGGAGGAAGGGUAUAUGAUGUUGUACUCGUAUUUGUACAUGCUGGAGAAGGUAACUUAUGGGACAGUGACAAGUGUUAAGUUGGAUAAGGAUCAUCAGUUCCAGUACUUGUUCAUUGCCUUGGGAGCUAGCAUAGAAGGGUUUAGGGCGAUGAGGAAAGUGAUAGUUGUGGACUCAACCUUUCUGAAGACUGUUUAUGGUGGAGAGGAGAUCGGAGGUAAUUGUAUACGAGAUGUACUCCAAAUAUUACUUGGUUGA